CAUGUGAAGUGCACUGAAGAACACGUAACUAAAUAAUCACAUGAAUUAUAAAUGGCACGUGCAAUAUACUACAGAAUUGAAAGUAAUUUAAUAAUAUAUAAGCUAAUGAGAAAAUAAUGACUAUAAUGCCGUCAGUCAUUAACUGUGUACACAACUUUAACUGACUGCGAAAAAUAAUUUGCGCUUUUGUGCUACCAAACUCAAACCGAAUCCGAAAAGAGGUUUGCUCGGGAUUGUAACAGCCAAGUCAUGCACUUAAAAGUGCACGUAUGCAUGUGUGCGUGUGUGUGUGUGUGUGUGUAUUGUACGUGUACAUAAUUUCACACGUGCAAUUUUAAUGAACUUUUCACACUCAUUACACUCAAUGGACAAAGAGACAGAGCAGAGUUGCGCGCACGGCAUUCCCGUACACACAUACACAGAUACAACCGAAUACACGGAGCGCCAGUUAACUUCCGGUUCCGGCACUUUUUGUAACCGCACGCAAGACAUGUCAGAAUGUGCUAGAUGCAUGUGCUCGACUUGCAGCUAUCAUGCAAUUAAUUGGAGUUCUUGAUUAGCUUUACAGAAAAAAUAUAUUAAAUCAAAUGUUCAAAAAAUAUUCAGAUGCAGUAUAUAUUUGUUCAAGAUUGAGCGUGAUACAAAAUACACGAUGGAAGGGCAAUGUUUUGAAAAAAAAAUUGUAUUCAAUUGGAAUUUGUAUAUACUUAUAAAUAUAAUAAGUCAAAAGCUGAUAACAGAGCGGCGACGCAAGUAUAUUCUAUAUACAUACCUAUCACUCUUAAAGAUUUGUGGCAGUGAAACGGUUGGCAAUCUCGGAUUAAAUAAAAUGAAAAUACAUACAUAUACUUUAUUGGAAGUGUUUGUUAUGUCAUUUUUAGUGCAAUCAAAUAAACAUUUCACAAAAGGCUGGUCGUCGAAACACAAUAAGGAAAACGAUUUGCAGUGUGAAUUUUACUGCUAUAAAGUGGUAAAGCCGCUUCUAAGCUAUGCCGCCUCUGUUAGAGCAAAGGAGGAGCAGUUCUCAGAGUUACAAAAGAAAAUAGAUAAUCAAGAUGCACUUAUCGCAUACUUAAAGGAGGUUAUCAGACAAAAGGACAAUCUAACCGCCACAUCUAAUAAAACCAUUUUAAUUCAGAAUGAUUUUCUGAUUACAAUUAAGAAGCAACUUGCGUUAAAUGAGGCUCAAAUAACUAAAAUGGAAUCUGAAAUAAAAUUAAAAGAUUCUCAAAUUGAUAAGAAAAAUUCAGAAAUACAGCUAUUGCAAUCCAAGAUCAGUUCAGAGCUUGAAAACCUAAUCAAGGCGAACACAUUACCCUCAAGCUGCCUGGGAAAGUUGACAGAUAUCUAUACGAUUAAGGUGCCCAACAUAGAGCCCUUCCUUGUACCCUGUGACUCAAAAUUGGCCGACAACGGAUGGACUGUUAUUCAGCGUCGCGUGGAUGGAAGCGUGGAUUUCAAUCGCGACUGGGACCAAUACAAGGCCGGUUUCGGUGAUUUACAUGGAAAUUUCUUCAUAGGACUAGAGAAAUUACACCAUAUGACUUUAUCGCAGCCCCACGAACUAUAUGUAUACCUUGCGGAUUUCGAGAAUAACGCACGUUAUGCCAAAUAUAGUCACUUUCAAAUUGGCAACGAGUAUGAGUCGUACAAGCUAAAAAAACUUGGAACUUAUUCUGGAAAUGCUGGUGAUGCCUUUAAAAUUCAUUUAAACAUGAAUUUUACAACAAAAAACAAUGAUAAUGAUACUUCGAUGAAAGCGAACUGUGCUCAUGAUUUGUAUUAUUUUCGAAAUAAACAAACUGAAAAUUUAACUUUGAUAAGAUGUGCUGUUCGGCCAAUUUCUCUCAUAAGAUCGUGUGUUUGCUGACAGACAAGUAGAUGGACUGGACCUUGAUAAGUGCAGGGUAUAAAGAGAUAGAGAGAGAGAGAGAGAGAGAGAGAGAGAUACUUGUCUUGUCAAAUCGUGCGCAUAAAACUUUCCCCAUGAAAAGUUGUACCUUUGCCUGAAAUGUGCCCAUUUUCCGACUCACGACAGGUUGACAGAAACAGUUGCAAGUACAACAACGACAACAACAACAACAACAACAGCAAUGACACCGACAGUAGCAACUGAUAACUGGAUAAGGUAACAACAAUGUUGGGUGUCAUCUACUGGAUGCUGCACACGAUGUGGUCUCAUUCGCAUUCUACGUGAUCUGUUGAGCUUCUAUCGAGGCUUGUCAAAGGUGGCCAUCACUUCCGGUUGCGUUUCCCCACCUUUUUUGGUGCAGUUCCGUUUGGCUAUACUUGUGCCGCGUCUCAAGCUGCCGCCCUCGAGACAAAUUGAAUUCGUGCAUUUUUUGUGCAGCGCAUACAAAUGGCGAACCAACUGGCGGCGACGUUGACUUUGUCGUUGAGGUUUCAAUGUUGCCCUCACAUCGAGUACUUUCAUCUUGUUAUAUCAUAUGUUACGCAUUAGAGUCUAAAUAAUUUGAUUCCUAAAGAAAAAAGUGCAUUCUUGAUAAGAGAAAUAGAUAAAAUAUGUCAAAUAGU